CCCUUCCGCAGCGCGGCCCCGCCGGCCCUCCCCGCCCCGCCGCUGCUCCGCCUCCUGCGUGCCGCCGAAAUGGCGGAGCUGGAGGUGGGGCAGCACUGCGGGGUGCCCGAGUGCCGCCAGCUCGAUUUUCUUCCUUUUGUAUGUGAUGGCUGUUCAGGCAUCUUUUGCCUUCAGCACAGGAGCCGGGAUGCUCAUGGGUGUUCUGAGGUGAAUAUAAGAAACAGUUCCGUGAAACCUGAUCAGCACAGAUCUUACCCAUGCUCAUACAAGGACUGCAAUGGAAAGGAGCUUUUGCCAGUGUUAUGUCCUUACUGUGAAAAACAUUUUUGUCUCAGACAUCGUCAUCAAUCAGACCAUGAAUGUGAGAAGCUGGACACACCGAAACCUCGAAUGGCUGCCACCCAGCAGCUCGUUCAGCAUAUCAUAGAUUCUAAAAAGAGUGACAAAGUGAAAAGCAAAAAACGGAAAGGAGCAAAAAACAGUGAGACAGCAGCAAAAGUGGCAUUAAUGAAACUGAAAAUGCACGCAUGUGGGGACAAGUCCUUGCCUCAGACAGAAAGAAUUUACUUUCAAGUAUUUUUACCAAAAGGGAACAAAGAGAAAAGCAAACCCAUGUUCUUUUGCAGUAAGUGGAGUAUUGGCAAAGUAGUAGAUUUUGCAGCUUCCUUAGCAAGCCUUAAAAAUGACAACAACAAAUCAACAUCCCAGAAACUGAGAUUAUGCCAUACUGCCUCUGGAGAAGCCUUGCCAUUUGAGCACACACUGGAAACAUGGCUAUCUGAUAAAGACUAUCCACUGUACAAUGGAGGGAAUAUAAUUCUGGAGUAUCUUGAUAAUGAUGUUCUAUUUAUAGAAGAUACAGAAUCCUACUUUAGUUAGUCAGUAAAUUUCCACAAGCAAAAAAAAAAAUGCUGUAUUUUUUAGAAGCAUGGUAUUAAAGCAAGUCCAGUUUUCUUUUUAAAUCACUGGUAUGCCAGAAUGUCUUCUUUUGUAAAGACACAAUUGCCAUCAAUUUCUCAAUUGCUUGACUGACAGAAGAACUGUGUCCUCAAAGGAAAAUUAUAAUAACUAGUAUUACCAAUAUUCACAUUCUAGAAUAAAUUCUUGCUCUGUUGAGCUGUAUUAUGUCAAGAAUUUUUUCUUAAAUUUGCUAUUUAUUUUUGUGUAAGUGGU